AUGAGUGCAUCUGCUGAAACACCGUCUGCAUCGUCAAGGGCGGACAGCAGCCGGCGCCGUGAGCGAUUUCGUGGCGUUGGAAGAGUGAAGCGCGAUGGAUGGUCCAAGAUCUGAGCUCGCAGCGUCGGUUUCAACGACGACCCUAAUCUCCAUCCAGUUGCUCGCUGUUCCUGCCCGUGUCACUGUGCAGUGAGGGACGAUGUCUGACACUGCUGCUGCUGCUGCGGACGGCGGCCGGCAGGCGAGGUGAAUGAAUGAGAGGUGUCAGGGGCCUGAUUGUUUGUCAGCUCAUCGUUCACUCGUCUGUGUGAGAGAUAAUAGGCCAAGCGAGGCCGCUCCGCCGAGCCAUCUGCAGCUGCUGCAAGCGAUGAGGAUCAGCGACGCGCCGAAAGGGAGAGGGAACUCAGGCAGACCAUCACAGACACGGUAGAGCAAAUGACUCAGACAGUCUGAAUGAAGCACCUGACUCACUGUCGGCUAUCUGUGUGUCUUUGCCUUUGCGCAGGAUGGUCUUGUCAACUGCAUCACGGCCUUUCUGCCGCUCUAUCUGCUCGGCCUGCUGUCCAACACGGCCUGGGAGCACACAGCGCCCACACACACACACCUCACCAUCGACAGCACCAACAGCAACGAGCGGUCGGUGUGGCAGCGGGUCCCUCUCGCUCUCGUCACCCAAUGGGCCAACAAACUCACUCGGCUGACGACAAUUACUCUCCGCUACCCCGUGGGUAAGGCUCUGUGGUGCAUCGACGUCUUCAUCACCGUGAUCGAGGGCCAUGUUGCCGGCCGGCGGGCUGCCAACAUGAAUGGCGGCACCCUGCGGACCAUCACAUUGCAACGGACCGUGCGAUUGGCUGAGAGGGAGAUGAGUACCGUCGGCCGACCACAGCAGCUACCCCCUGACCAGAUCGCGCCUUUCGUCCCGCCUCCAUCGCUCGAUGCGCUCACGACCGUCACCGGCGUCCUCGCCGAUCAUCGCGGCCUGGCUGACAGAGGGUGGCGGAUGCCGUCACUCGAGACAGUGGAGCAGCAGAGGUGGGGGGCCGAUGAGCUGGGCAGCUUCAUCAGCUCGUCACAGUCACUGCACCACGUGGGCGGGAGGCUGUGGGCAGUCGGCGAGCACUGGGCGGCGGUGUUCGAGCGCAUGCCUGAGGCAGCUGCUGGGCAGAGAGGUCCCCUUGCAGGUCUGCAGAGCAUCGGCACCAUCGAGCUGGCGGCCGGCGAUGCUAGCAUCGACCGGGCGCGUGCAGCGGUGGACAGACUGCAGGUAACUCACCAGCAAUAGAUGCACGCGACAGACAGGUCUGGACGGUGCAAUCUUACCAUAUGUGUGUGUGCUGUUGCUGUGUGCUGUAGGCGGUGCUCACAUCGCGUGGCUGCCGCCAGUCACUCACUCAGCUGACGGUGGCGAUCCAACGCAGCCAUAUCGACAGUCGUGUCCUUCCCCUCCUGCAGUCCCUCGAGUCGCUGCACAGCUCGUGCUGCCGAGCCGACGCCAACGUCGCCUUCGAGUUCCGAUGUGUCGACGGUUUCGACCUGUCGCUGUUCUACAGCGACCACUUUCCCCUCAACCCCUCCCCCCUCGUCAUGAUGGCCAUCCAGGCGGCCGCAAGGAACGCGGGACAGCUCAACUACGACAUCAGCCAGCAUGAUCUCACUCACCCCGUCGACAGCCCCAGCCAGGCGGCCGUCGACAUCGCCAAGACACUCACAUUCGACAACGUGGAGGACGUGUGGGUCCGCAAUGCCUUUGGCUUCGUCCCCCCUCCCAACACCCCCUCGCCCCGCCCCGCCAUCAUCCAACACCUGCAGCAGCUCCCAAGAGCCCGAGAAUUGAUCAUCGACAGUGCUCUUGGCGGUGCUGCGGGUCAGCUGCUGGCAGAGAAGAUGCCGAACAAGGUGGAGUCGCUGUGGUUCUUCUCAGCUGUGAGUGCAGAGGACGGGAGGGGCGUGUUAGAGGGGCUGGGGGUGGGGAGGGAGGUGGGCAAAGUCGACGUCGGUGACUGGGAGGUCAGUCUCACUGAGGGUCCAUUGGACGGCUGGCGAUCGGCUAGCUUCCCGUCGAUCCAAAACAUAGACAUAUGGGUGCCAGGUAUGCAAUUUCUGCAACAAAGGAUACUGGCUGGCUCAUCUUGUGUGUGUGCAUUGCUGCCGUGUGUGUGUGUUGUUCCUUCCUCAGUGCCCGACGGCUUGGACCCCCCUGCUGCUGCCGAGCGCAUCCGCGACGGCAUCUCAGCCAUCGCCGGUGCCGUGCGAGGCCUGCAGCAUUUGACCGCGCGUGUGUUUAAUGGCGUCGACGCCGUUCGCGAUGCCAUUGAACAGCUGCUCCCCACCGGCACGGAGCUUAGCAACAACUUCACUAUCAACGCACGGGACCUUGAUGACAUCAUUUACCUGACUGCAACGCGUCGCUUCUAG